GCAAGUCAACAUGAUAAUGUUGUUAAACGACCCCUCUUCAUCACUACAGUACCCACUGGAGUGUUCUUACCACCUCCGAAAGAGCCGCCGUUACCUUGGUUUCUAAAGCCUCACAUAUAUGCAUAUUCCUCACAUCCAGUAGUGCUGUCAGGUAGCAAUGCCGCAGCAACCGACAACGCUAAUGACAAAAUCCAUAAUAGCUCUGUAGCGUCAGCAAAGAUCUCCGCAUGCGAUAAAGUAAUGUCGGCGAACCAGUUAAAAAGUAUAAGGGCUAACUCUAAAGCGAAUACAGUUUCGGGUACCACUCUAAGCCGAUCUUCGAAUGUUAAUGGUUCGGCAACAAAUGGCUUACGGCGUGGUCAGCCAUCGCCUCCAUCUCGAGAUCCUUUGACGGGUAGUGUAAACCUCACCAAACAACAAUUUCGUGAACAAAUACAACAGCAUCGUGCAAAAAGAGAUAUUCCUCCACAAACUUACCGCAAUGUUAUGUACGACCGCCGUGUAAUACGUGGAUCCGUUUUCGGUACGCAGCAACUUUUGGAAAACUCAGAUCCUUUUGAUAAAGCGGCUGAAAUUCGUCGACGCCAUGCCAUAAGGAAGCAAAAGGUAUGUCGAAGUCAACGUAAUAUCCUUGGAACUCCACCGCCUGUUAACGGUCGACGGCAUGAAGUUAUUCAAACCGAAAAAUAUUUGGAAGAACUUGUACAACGACCUCCGGAAUUCUCCGUAGAUACACAGACCGAUUUGUUCCUUGAAAAACCACCUGAACCACCUUAUAUCCCGUCCAAAGUGGGUGUAGAUGCUGCUACCGAAAUUGCCGACGGUGAACUUUUCCACUUUGAUGCUGAGGCUCAACCAAUUAUCGAUAUUCUCGUCGACGCUUGUAUCGAACAAAGCAUGCUGGAGGUUGCGCAUGAACAAGAAAUUGCUGAACUUCGGCGUCAACAAGCCGAAUUCCUUGCUCAACGAGAAGCUGAGUUGGCUGAACUGCGUCGCCUUGAAGCCGAGGAAAUACGUUUACAAGCCGAAAAAGAGCGCCGUUUGCAACAGGAUACAAUAGCCAAAGAAUUAGAUGAAGAAAUGCAAAAGAGUGUAACCGCUGCUAAAUUAUUACAAGGCCAUAUUGCUGGUUUACUACCUGAGGUUUUGGACAACCUUGAACCAGCAACGGACGCAGCAAAGAAGGAACACCUAAUGAAAACCAUCGCACCUUGGCUAACAGUUGAAGUAGCAGAGGAAGUUGGCCACAUCGUGGACUCCCGUGAGAUACUCACCGCCAUCAUUCAGGAGAUCAUCAAACAGCGUGCAACUGCAUAUGCUGGUUACAAAGAAGAAAUGCCGCUGGAAACCGUAAUGGAACGUGGUGAAGAUGAUAUUUUGGAAGAGGCAACAAAAGAAGAAAUAUGUACGUGUGAGUCAAGUGAUAUUAGCAGUGAGAAAACAGAUAAAUGUGACGACACGUCAAAGAAAGUGUGAUCAAAACUGAAAUUUGUUUACUGUUAACUGAUUUAUUUUUGCUCCCUAAAAUUUAUGUCUUAACGAAACAAAUUGAAAUGAAAACUUUGGAUAUUCAAAUACAAGAAUACAUAUGUAUGUAUUAUGAAGCUGGAUUAAAAUUUACGCGUUGACGAAAUACAUACAUAUGAGCGAUAUGUGGCACUCGACAACAUCAAACAAAUAAUGAAAAUCUUUCAAAAUUAUACAGAAUUUGUUUAUGAAUGCUGCUGACGCCGAAGGAUACGUCCUUAGGGAAUUUUGUAAAUACAAAAAGCACAAAUGUUAAUUAACAAAUUACAGCAACAAUAUGAAGCGCUCUUCAAUGCAUUUUACAUUUUUACGCGUUUUCUCGCAGUUUAGCUAUGAUGUCAGUUAACAUUUAUGGCUUUUUUUAUUCCUAAAAUUCUCUGGUCGUCGAAGCUGUCGCAUUAAAAUGAAAAUAUUGCUUAUGAGCACUGUUUAUUUCUUAUAUAAUUAAAUAUAUAAUUCAAUAUUAUAAUAAACUAAUAUUAAAAAAUUUGUUUUAUGUACUACUAGAGGACCCGUCCACGCUUCACU